AGUUCUUUCCAAAGUCUCAAUUUUAUUUUCUUGAAAGGAAAUUCUCAAGUUUUUCAGUUGGCUCAAAAAACAGCCAAUAUUAAGAGCUUUAAUCAAUAAUGGAUACCUCAGUCCAACCCUUUCCAGUUCCUCACAAGAAGCUUUUUAUGAAUAUCCAGGGUCGCAAAACGGACAUAGUCAUUUGCAGUUAUGAUGAUCAUUUUCUUGUGAUUGCAACCCAAAUAGGAAAAAUGGGGUCCAUACUACAUGCCAGGAAGGAGGAAGGGGUUUCACUGGAUCCCACUUUUAAUGUAUCUGUGAUAUUCGGCAAACGAGAUGAGCCAAUGCUAGUGGCCUGUGCACGGAAACUGAUCGAACACAUAAGUAAUUCUGGCUCAUCUAGAACAUUGAUACUAUCCCUUGGUCUAAAAGACCAUUCUGUGGAUACAAUGAAAGGGAUUGUUUCAGCCGUAGUUCAAAAUCUGACAAUGUAAUGUGUAGUUAAUUCAGAUUAUUUACAGUUCCUCAAAGAGUGUUGCAGCAAUUAGAAUUUUUAAGCUAUGGAUGUUUCUUCAUUUCAACUUUUCUUUUCUAGUUAAUGAUAACAAGUCUUGCUCGA